AUGGGCACAAGAACGGCCUUGACGGUGCUUCCGAAUCACGUCCCAAUCAACCGAGAGCUUUCCUCUUCUCCCCUUCAGUGCCUUGGAGUCGAGUCGGUCCCCCAUUUUAAUGCGGAAACAUCGCUUGCCGCCUGCUCUGCUGGCACAACUUCACUGCCUUAUUCCAGCAUGUCUCUUCCACAUCUGUCCAACAAGUUGCUUUGCGUGGAGAUUGCGGACUUCUUUUUGGUCCUUUUCGGUCGCGGAGGACUGCUGAGACCGCUCGAACGGCUCCAUCACGCUCGUCACGCCCUGCCACCCAAUCCUCGCAUCUUCAAUGUCAAGCACAAACUUUCCUGA